AAGCAUACUUGACUAAAAUUAGUUAAUACGUAGGCUUAGAAGUGGUAGAUCUAUGUGCUAUGACAUCUUCCGUCGACUAUGAUAACAUUGAGCUGGUGAAUUUGCAUUAUGAAGUGGUUCGGCUCAAGAGUUCGAGCACAUUCGAGGCAAAGAAGAAGUUCGUGUUUGUACAUGCGUAUCUAGGCAGCGGUAGAUUUUGGUAUUUUAACAACGAGGAAGAUUCCCUUCCCCAAGAGCUAGUGAAUUUAGGGGGUGGAUGGACCUUGACCUAUAAGAAGAAAAAGAAGAAAGAUUUAGACAUCCCUCCAUGUCAAGUAACGUUAAAAAAGGACAAGAACACCUUUGUCUUCGGGUUUCUAAAGGUUGAAGAAGCUGAAGGAUGGAUGGAACGUGUGGCAGAUGUGUUGGCUGAGGCGAGUCCCAAGCUGAUAGAUCACUCUGUACUAGACUCGUCUAUGAAGACAAACCAAUGGGUGCCCCGGUUUGUUUACUAUAUAGUAAAGUUGCUAGAACCGAAGGCGGAGACAGAGGGCAUGUUCCGACUUCCUGGGAGCCAAUCUUUGCUGGGGAACAUUCGAAACGAAUAUUUGAGAGGGGAUGAACCUCUUUUGGAGGGUCAAGAUGUACCAACGCUGGCUUCUCUUUUGAAAGGCUAUCUUCGCGAGUUAAAACAUCCUAUCAUUCCUACUUGCAUGGUUCAUAAGUUUUUUGCCACAAAUACAAUAGAUGAUGUUGGAGAAGCAGCGGCAGUGUUGAAAGAACUGGUUCAGGAAAUCGGACCGGCGAAUAGAAUCACAUUGGGGUUUCUCAUGAGGUUUUUCUUGAAGAUAAGUAAGAAAUCGUCAUCCAAUAAGAUGGACGUAUCUAAUUUGAGCGUGGCCAUUGCUCCGUCACUGUUCCGAACGCCCCCUGGCAUGGAUGAGAUGGUAUGCGCUACAUCUAGCAACAGAACAAUGGAGCGCUUGGUGACAGAGUGCGAGAACAUCUUUCCAAGUAAGGACAUGGAAAUGGAAUUAAAGUCGCCUCUGGGCACAUUUCAUCCCCGUGUCUUGCCCCGUCCGGAAAUGACCACGUCCGAAAAGCAGUUGAUCGACUCGUACAUGCAAGUUCGCCGCGAGGAUGUGGGAUCUUGCUAUUUUUGCAGACUGCUCAAAACUGUCAAUAAGUCCAAGGUCGAGGUGAUCCUGUGUGUUGGUAGCAAUCGUAUCUAUCUGUUUUCCAAGGGUGGAAAAUUAGACACAGACAUUCAUUAUUACAAUCUGGAGUCCGUCACGUCUCUCAAUUCUACGAGUUUGGUGUUUAUCUAUUCAAGUGCGAUUACUCGUACUCAUUCCGAAGUCCAGCUUAGUCCCUUGACAAGCGCGUCUUGGGAUAUAGAUAUGGCCAUAUAUCAUAUUCAGAGAAAGAUCGAUUACAACUUUAUCGGUGCUCCGGAUAACUUUAUCCCCUUCAGAAUGGAUCCGGAGAGGCUACGACUUAUUAAAAGCUUUAUCGAAGAUACGGGCACUACCGAGGACUGCUGUGGACUCUUGAGGGCAUAUAGAGUCGCGACUGACUAUUUGGACGCGCCGAUAUCUGAGGAUUUGAUCUGGUCUAUUAGGAACAUCUUCCAUUACGGAUUUAUUCGAGAAUUGGUCUUCUCCGAGUGCAUUCGCAAGGACAGAUUACCAAAUGAGGAUUUCAAGGCGCUCACGUUGGCCAUGAGCUAUAAUAUCUGGUUUAGUGGUAUCCAAUGCGAUAAUCUACGGCUCGGCAAUGAUGGGCUUAUUAUUUUGUCAAAUAUCUUCAAGACGAAUAAAAAUCUGAGACAGUUGAAGAUCAGCAACAUCGGCGCUUCCUCCGCUGGAUUCAUCGCACUCGCUGAAGCCUUUCUCCUCAACGAUGUUCUUAAUCUCAAUUACCUUGACAUAUCCAAUAAUAGCAUUGAUGACAAAGCAGCAGAAAAAUUAGCCAGUGCCAUAGGACAGUUUCAUUGCCUUAUCUACCUUGACUUGUCUUCCUGUAAUCUUAGCAAACGCGGAUCGGCCGUGUUAUUAGAAGCCCUUCACCAGAACGAAAGGAUAUGUUUGACACUUCAGAACCUCUAUCUCGCGAACAAUGUCCUUGAUAGCCCUGAUGCGAGUAAACAGUUGAGCGCCCUUCUUUCUUCGGCCACACAACUUGUUUUACUCAACGCCUCCGGGACCAACUUGGUUCUCUCUAACGCUCUCCCCGCUUCAGAGAACUCUACUCUGCAGACGCUCAAUGUCUCACAGUGCAAGGCCCAUCAAAAAGCGCAGCAAGACUUCCUGAACUUCCUGAACUCUUUCUCUUGUCUAACUAGUCUCUUCCUCUCGGACCUCAACAACAUAAUUCACUAUUUAAUCAAAAACUACCCGCUGCAACAUUGCGCCAACAUAAAGAAAUUGGAUAUAUCCGACAAUGAUCUUUCAGACGAAGAGGUCAUAGACAUACUCGAAACUCUCCUCAAAUGGCCGAAACUAGAAGACCUCCGUUUGAAUCGUGUCUUCACUAAGAAAUCUAGAGACAGACUCGGCCUUGUAUCAGCUAUUAGUUCGUUUGUGGAAAAGAAGGCAAUCAAGGCUCUACAAAUUGCUGGGAACGCCAAAUCGGCACUCAAGGGCGACCUCCUACCAUUUGUCUGCUCUCUCAGCAACAACCGUACUCUCAACUACCUGGAUAUAUCUAAGAAUCAAUGUGGAGAUGAACUCGCCGGUACCCUAGGCAAACUACUCCAAAUUAAUUAUGGGCUUCAGUAUAUCCGGUUUGACGACAAUGGCCUAUCUAUCAACGGAUUGAGAUCCAUUGUAUCUGGGCUUGGACGCAAUAAAAGACGAUGCAAGUGUUAUUUGCCUAUGACCGAUAUCAUCAGCAUCAUCAAAGCCGAAAGCGAUCUGUCCACCCUCGUGUCUAUUGUUUCUGACUUUCAAGAAAUGGUAUUUGAUGAAAGUAGACGGUCAAGUGACGCUAUUAUUUCUCAGCGCAGUGAAGCCAGUAUCCGCAUAUCUGGAUCCCGUCGUACUGAACAAAGGCGUAUCAAUCGAGCGGAAAAGACGACUGAGAGGCAGCAGUCAUCUGCCUCUGACAGCGCCUCCUAUUCUGACCAACAAGCCACUAAUGAUGACAAUAAUGAGUUGAGCACUUCCAUAGACACAGGUGGCGAUGAAUCUGGUUUAGACGAUAGCUCAGCCUCAGCCUCAUUUCAAGCAGAUGAAUCCUCGGAGAGCAGAGAAAACAAUGUUCCUUCUACUACAACAUAACAGCCAUCUGUGGCCUACUGAGUUUCCGUAUUCAUCCGAGUUGUCAUAAAAUCAUAGUCUCCUGUCUUCGAAAUAAAACAAAGCGCGGAGCAAAUACAAGAAUUUUUUUUCAUUUUCCACGCGCGUGGGUCUAUACAGCGUUCUCCACACAUCUCAAA